CUAUAUUAACAUACUUUUCUCAUUCGAUUUUCUCAUAUCAAAAGACGCAGGAUUGUACAUGUAUGUAUCCAUUCUUUUCAUGGAUUGGUUAACACCCGUUUUGAACGGAACAGUAGCUGAUGUGUACCCCAGUGAUGUUAACGGCACACGCAAUAGGUUAUACCCGAAACCGAACUGUAGUUUAGUUUGGUUGAACGAAUCAGGGUAAUAGUUAAUACACUUUGAUAGAGGUUUUAUAUCAUCAUCUAAUCUUAAAUCUUAAACCUCUCAAGUGCCGAUUGUCAGACAGAUUUGUAUAACAAAAUUGACAGUCAAAUUUUUGAAGAGGUGGCACGCUUGUUUGUACUGAUAAAAUCGCGCUGUUGCAAAAAUCAUGGAUAUAAAUUCAAUGAGUUAUUAAUUAACGGUGAUUAUUUAAAUUUGUAUCAGUCAUCGGCAGUAAAUCAUGGACACUGUAGAAUAAAAGAUGGCCCGUUGAAGAGAAUAUUUUGAUUUAUUAGAUCUUACAUUCAAAGUCUAAAUUCUUUUUGGUAAAUAAUAGCUCUCAGUUAUAUCUUUCACACAGAAAUUUUAUAGGAGACUUUGGACUGGCAUCAAAUAAAAAAAAAAUCACAUAACCUAUAAAAUAGAUAUUUUGUAUUCUAUAUGAUUUCCAAAGAUGAUAUUUCCAUGAUACAUUAGCGUGAAUAUAUGUGUGUGAAGCAGCAUUUAGUAACUGAGUUUCGUCUCUUGUGACAUACAAAAAACAACAACAACAAAAACAAAAACAACAACACUUAAACAGAUACAAAUGACGUUUCUUCAAAAAGGAUUAGUUUGCCACAUUCUCGAAAUCGAAUGAACAAUGCGACGUCAUGACGUUAAUUUGACGUCUCUCGUUUUACGGACGUUCAUCAUAAUACAGCUUCUUCCUAUUGUAUUUUCGUGCAUAUAUUUACUGAAUGGAUGGAUGCCCAUGUCGAUCGGGGACCGUACUGCACGUGCAGAUAUUGUACUUUCGGCACAGGUUCUUAAAACUUACAAAGAAAAGCAAUACAGGACGGAAGCCCGAACUUAUACCGCCACAGUGAAAUUGUUUGAAGUAUAUAAGGGGAAAAAGUUAUUGAGAAAUAUACCUGUGAAUAAAAAUGCACCGAGUAUAUACAAUAUUUCAAAUUUUGGUGACAGAAAAAUGUGUUACGCAGAUGUUUUGGAUGGGAAAAAUUACAUACUCUUUGUGACCACCUACAAACAGAGAUUGUCCGCCAAGUAUGACGAUAUUUUCGGAGCAGCUACAAAAUAUACGGAGGCUAAUGUGCAACAAGUGUUACAGCAGACAGGUGAAGAUUCGACUAAUUGGCUGGAAUGGUCAUCUUGUUCGAAGUCUUGCGGUGGCGGUGACCAGGUUAGAAAACGUAAUUGUUCGCUGACCGAGUCCGAGAAGUGUGACACGGCUACAAUGGACCGCAGAUCGUGUAAUAGUUUCCCUUGUGAAGAUGCCCAUGAUUUGUUGUCGUAUCUAGGUAUUUAUAAACUACCUCUUGGAGUUUACCACGUGCAGGAUCGACCGGGAGCUUUCAAUAUAACCAAAAGUGCUAAACUUUACUCACCUCUUACAGAAAUUUAUCCAUACAAACUACCUCAGGAAUUCUCAAUCAUGGUAUCUAUUAAACUUAAACAAUUUGAAGGCUAUUUUUUCACUCUCAGUGAUUUAGCAGGAAAACAAAGGAUCGCCAUUAAGUUUGCAAUAAAGAACAGUCACGCCGUGAUACGGUUUGAGUUUUACGACGAUAAAGAUUUAUCGGGAGAAAACGCUCCGGAAUUCCAAAUGCAGCUAAAAGAAAACUUCUGGCAUCGGUUUGCUUUUGGAGUUUCUGAAGACGCUGUAGAAUUAUAUUUAGACUGUGAUAAAGUAUUGAAAAAGGAGUUUCCGGUUCCGGUUAAAGACCGGUCCCCGCUCAGCAGCAAUCUGAUGAUGGCGCUAGGACCAUAUUUUACCGGAUAUGGUGACAGCUUUGAGGGGGAAUUGGAGCAGCUUGUCUUGUGUGAUGAUUCCCGUGCAGCACGACAACAUUGUUCCUCUGUAAUAGAUCACACGGAACGUGCCAUUAAAGAUGAGGGUAACAACGAAAUAGAUGAUAUAAGCCAUGGUGAAGAUAAUAACACAAUAUAUAAACCACACGGACAUACACAACAACCAGAAGUUACAACAUUUGAAACUACGACAGAAGUUGAUAUACGUGCUGAAUGGACCGAGUGGUCGCCGUGUAGCCGGACCUGUGGCCGGGGAGUACAGACUCGAACCCAGUACUGCGGGGAUAACGUUAUCAGUACUUGUAUCCAGGCAGGUCUUGACAGCGAGCAGGCUCGAUGGUGUUAUCAACAGUCUUGUGAAGUCGGCUGCGAUCCUGCAUGUGAAAAUGGCGGGAAAUGUCUUGGCACAGGAACUUGCUUUUGUCCGCGUGGCUUUUCAGGGCCAACCUGCUCUACAGCAACAUGUAGUAUAAAUUGUAUGAAUGGUGGUCGGUGUGUUUCUCCUGAUGUAUGUACCUGUCCUGUUGGUUACACCGGCACGUACUGUCAAACAGCAAUAUGCGAACCAGCUUGUGGUAAUGGAGGACAUUGUAUACAGCCUGGAUUUUGUUCCUGUCCUUAUGGAUAUAUGCCACCAAACUGUGAUCCUGUGUGUGUUUUACCAUGCCGUAAUGGUGGGACCUGUGUUGGACAUAAUAAAUGUAAAUGUCAGAAAGGCUAUGUCGGAACCGACUGCUCUAUGCCUGUCUGUCAACGCGGAUGUUACAACGGAGGCCGCUGUGUUUCACCCAACACGUGCUCAUGCCCUCGUGGUUUUACUGGAACCCGAUGCCAUCGACCGGUCUGUUACCCGGCAUGUCAAAACAGAGGACGGUGCCUUUAUCCCGGCGUGUGUCAGUGUAAACGUGGAUUCAGCGGACCACUCUGUGAAAAUCUGGUAUGUAGAAAACCGUGUCAUAAUGGCGGCGUCUGUGCCGGAAAUAACAGAUGCACGUGCCCAGAUGGUUAUAGAGGAAGAUGGUGUCAUAAAAUAAGAAAACGCCGCAGAUGUCCCACGUGCUUAAAUGGCGGGAAAUGUCGAAAAAGGCGCUGUCGGUGUAGAAAGGGUUAUACAGGAUCAAGAUGCGAGAAAAGAGAAUGCACUUACGAGACUUAUCUUAUGCCUUACAUACAGACAUACAGACAACCCCAGAGACAAGAUGUAGCUACACUUUGUGGUCCCUGGAAGUGGAAGAUGUGUAUAGAAACAAGGUUAGUGUAUGUCCUGGCAACACGUACAAUGUACAAGACUGCAUACAGAUGUAAAGACUCUAGCGGUGACAUCAACGAUCCAAUUCUUGAACAGUGAACAUUCUAGUUCCGAAACUGUGAAAUGUGUGAAAUUUCCGAUUCCAAAACUUUAUGAUAACGGAAACUUCCGAUUCCGAAACUGUGAAUUAUGUGAGAUUUCAGAUUCCGAAACUGUGAAAAUGUGAAAUUUUAUACUUCCAAAACUUUGAGAUAUUUGAAAUGUCUAAUUCCGAAAC